AUGACAAUAACUUGUGAAAGAAAUAGCACUUGGUCGGAUUCCUCAUCUGUUUCGUCAGAUAAGUCCAAUUCCUUCAACCAUCUGAAACCAACAAAACAUUGUGUUUUUGAUUUUUUCAACUGCGUAACAUCAAUUGAUAAACCAGUAAACAGCGAAUUAUAUACAUUUGGUCAUUGGAACACUACCGAACUGUUUAACCUGGUCAAGAGCUUUAUGCCGGAUAUACUUGACGUAUACUCUCCCGCACAAGUAGCUGAUUGGUUGUCAAAGGAUGGUAGAUUUGGACACUCCCAAGUUGCACGAAUACGUAGCAAAAGGGAAAGGCGACGAUCGAUGUGGAUUAUCAAGGAUGAACAUUGGGCAUCCGUGGAAUCACAUGGCUGGAUUGACAUCGGCUACGCACGCAAGUCACGCACCAACGAACCUGUAGAGAGCAAGGUCAAAUCAAUGCAAAAGAUGACAGAUUGUCUACGAAUAAAAUGUCACUGCGCAAAAGUCUAUUUAUCCUUCCAGUGCCCAUCCGCAUCGAAAUUACAACAACGUGAUACGAAACCAUAUCCUGAUCUUAUGGAAAGUGUCCGCCACAAGCAUGGCGAUAAAAUAGCUGUGGUCAGACUGUAA